AUGGUGUUGAGGAAUGCAGCCUCCAUCUCUGAGGACGCAUUUCUCCUGAGCAAGCACAUGGCGUACUCCAUCAUUGAUGCGUCACAGGGCAGCGUGAUUCUGCCACCAUCAACGCCUGUGAAGCCGAACUCCUCUUGGGACAUCCUCAGGAGCUCGUCGAAGACGGUCGUGCCAAGGAACGCAAGCGGCACCUCGAACCUUGCACCGUCGGUAGUGUACACGACGAAGUGGCCCUUGCCAGCCACAGGCGAGCACGACGUGCCACACGGCCCUCCGGUUUCCUCCCCUGAUGUUGAUGAGGUGAGCCUCUUCCUCCCCAUAGCCACCACCCUCUGCCACUUCUUGGCCAGCUGA